AUGCCCAUUGAUAUCGUGUCAACUGCCGUUUUCGAUGGACCUCAGGCCAUUCCCGGCUGGAAUUACUUGGUCAAAUACGGCCCUGCGCUUGCAGCAGCUGGAGCAGUGAAAUUUUACUUUGCCGGGUCCUCCAACACGUUCAAAAGAGAGUUGCACGGACGCGUCUACAUCAUCACUGGAGGCACCUCGGGUCUCGGGGCUGCUCUUGCCUACGAACUUGCUUUGAAAGGCGCCCAGCUCAUUCUUUUGUCCAGAUCAACCGACGAUGCCUGGACAGUAGAGUUCAUAGAGGAUCUCAGAGAUAGGACGAACAACUUCAUGAUAUACGCAGAGCCUUGUGACUUGAGCCUGCUUCAUUCAGUUCGUCUAUUCGCCACCAAAUGGCUCGAUAAUCAGCCGCCCCGCCGUUUGGAUGGCGUUAUCUGCUGUGCUGCAGACUGUGUGCCUAGAGGCAGAGACAGACAAGUGUCAGUGGAUGGAGUGGAAAAUCAGAUUGCAGUCAAUUACUUGGCCCAUUACCAUUUGCUUACUUUGCUUAAGCCCUCUCUUCAAGUGCAACCUCCCGACCGUGAUGUGCGGGUGAUACUCACCACUUGUACUUCUCAGGCGGCUGCUAAAGUUGAUCCAAAAGAUGUCUUGUGGGAGUCUCGUAGAUACCCAGCCAAUGCACCCUGGCAGGUUUUUGGAACUUCCAAGCUUUUACUAGGCAUGUUUGGACGUCUGUUUCAAAGAGUGCUCAACGAAUACGAGAGAAAGGAUAAGGCUCCCUGCAACAUCAAAGUGAGCGUUGUCAACCCUGGGAUCAUGAGAUCACCUUCCACACGUCGUUUUAUCUCAAUGGGAACCAUUUGGGGACUUUUAUUCUACAUACUUUUGUACCCUUUAUGGUAUAUUUUUUUCAAGGAUGCUGUGCAAGGGUCCCAGUCGUUACUUUUUGCACUCUAUGCGCCAGUGCUAGCAGCCAAGGAUGGAGGAAACUUCAUCCAGGAGUGCAAAAUCUUGACUAAAUUGAGGCCGGAAUUAAACGACAUCGAAUUGCAAGAUGAGGUAUUUAAGGAGACGGCGGCACGGAUUGAAAAGUUGGAGAAACUGUCUGCCAUCGAGAGAAAGAAGCAAGAAAAGAAGCUAGGCAUUGAUAAGAAAAAGCAAGAAGAGGAGAAGAAGAAGAAAGCGGACAUUCAUGAGAAGCCCGAAACGGAAGAAGAAUUGCAGUACAAGUUAGACAUGAUCCGUAAGAGCAUGGGCAUUCUGUCUCAGCUGGGAGAGUUGCCACUUUUUCCUGAAGAAGGAACCGAUGCCGCUAAGAUUGCACAAGCGAUCAAGUCUUCUGGAAGGAAACCCAAAGGUAAAGCUCGCAAGAGAUAA